AUGGCUAAAACAUUAUCUACUAUGCACCUUCCUAUUGGUGAGGAAGCGCCUUCCUUCAUCUUGCCUUCCACUAACGGUUAUGGUGAAGUUAAUCUCAAGGAUCUUAAUGCAGAAGGAUAUUUAAUUGCCUUUUGGUGUAAUCAUUGCCCUUUUGUCAAACACAUCGCUACUGCUUUUGUAGAAAUGAUUAAACAUUAUCAACAAAAGGGGAUCGAAGUAAUAGUGAUCAGUAGCAAUGAUGUUUCGGAGUAUCCAGAAGAUCGCCCUGAAAAAAUGACUGAAGCUGCUCAGUAUUGGGGAUUUACAUUCCCUUACCUUUAUGAUGAAAGUCAGGAUAUUGCUAAAAAGUAUUAUGCCGCAUGCACUCCUGAUUUUUUCUUAUUCGAUAAAGAUAAGAAACUAUUCUAUCGAGGACAGAUGGAUUCCAGCCGUCCAGGUAAUGACCGACCAUCUACUGGAUCAGAUUUAAAGCAGGCGAUUGAUCAUCUGCUUGCUAAAAAACCAUUAUUAGAGAAAUUCACCCCCAGUAUGGGGUGCAACAUCAAAUGGAAAAAAGGGAAUGAACCGAAGUUCUAA